AUCAGCACAUUAAGGUUUAAAUGUUGCUGUUACAUUUAGUAACCGUUGCUUUGCACGUUUUAUUGUUGCACGGCAAUGUAUCAAAUGCAAGACCAAUUUUCAGUGCCAGCAGUGAUCAGAUUUUGAACAACAGAAUGAAGAGGUCGGAGCAAUCGAGUGUUUUGUUAGAACUUAACAGCAACAUGGUAUUGAAUGGGGAGAGUCAUUCACCUUUGGAAACACUUCGAAAGAAGAGAUCAGAAGAAGCUUAUCGUCCUCCCAUUUCUCCCACGGGUCUUGAUAGAAAGAAGAGAUCAGAAGAAGAAGCUGAUCUACCUUCCGUUACUGGCCUUGAAAGAAAGAAAAGAUCGAUCGGAAUUUUUUCUUAAAAUACAAAGUCCUUUGAAAUGAUAUUUAUAGACUUUGCUAAAAUAUUCGUCCGCAAAUGUUUUGCGCUUGAUACAGUCAUUGGUUCGAGGUAGCAGAGGAAAUGGGUCACAGAACAAAUAAACAAACAGAUUGUGCUGAAUCUGGGGAGAAGCAAAUUAAUUCAUGAUUGCCGGAACUAUAUAUAUGUCGGUGACGAAGCUCAAUAUCAGUAUAUGGCUAUUCUGUUCAUGGUAGUACGGAGAGUUUCUUCUAAAAUCAUCGUCCAAAAAUAUAAUAUAUUCACAAUCUGCACUCAAAAUAGUCACAAUUUCAUGGAAACGUAGAAGCACACAAAACAAACAGACAGACUGAUUGUGCGAAGCAACUCAACUCAUGAUUACCGGAACCAUAUGGUUAUGAUUGAGAGGCUCACUAACAGUAUAUGACUAUUCUGUUUAUUAUAGCAGCAAACCUAAUAGGAAUGACACAUCGUCUAGUUGCUUAUAGGUUUAUUUUAUUUCAAUAGACAUACUGUUUUAGUUUAUGUAUAGUAAAUAUAUUCGGAUGACAACUAUAUAUUAGCUAUAUUUUUUGGUUAUAUUUUGAAGUUGUUUUGUUAUAUUUUGAAGUUUUCAAAAACACGAAAACCGUGUAGCCUACUGCAGCCGUUUUAGGUAACUGAGCGGAAAGGUGCACCAAAACCUUUUCAGCUUUACUUUUGCUGUAAAGUAAAACACUUCGCAAUAAUUUAUCGGAGUAGUACAAUUACAUAAGUGACGUACGAAUUUGUUUAAUUUAGUGAUCAACAGAAUUAAUUUGACAUGUUGCUGUUACAUAUAGCAGCCGUUGCUUUCAACGUUCUAUUGUUGUGUGGUGAUGGAUCAAAUGCAAGACCAAUUUUCAGUGCCAGCAGUGAUAAGAUUUUGAUCAACAGAAUGAAGAGGUCGGAGCAGUCGAGUGUUUUGUUAGAACUUGACAGCAACAUGGUAUUAAAUGGGGAAAGUCAUUCACCUUUGGAAACACUUCGGAAGAAGAGAUCAGAAGAAGCUUAUCGUCCUCCUAUUUCUCCCACGGGUCUUGAUAGAAAGAAGAGAUCAGAAGAAGAAGAAGUUUAUGGCCCUCCCCAAGGUCUUGAUAGAAAGAAGAGAUCAGAAGAAGAAGAAGUUUAUGGCCCUCCCACUGGCCUUGAUAGAAAGAAGAGAUCAGAAAAAGAAGAAGUUUAUGCCCCUCCCAAUGGUCUUGAUAGAAAGAAGAGAUCAGAAGAAGAAGAAGUUUAUGGCCCUCCCAAUGGCCUUGAUAGAAAGAAGAGAUCAGAAAAAGAAGAAGUUUAUGGCCCUCCCAAUGGUCUUGAUAGAAAGAAGAGAUCAGAAGAAGAAGAGGUUUAUGGCCCUCCCAAUGGUCUUGAUAGAAAGAAGAGAUCAGAAGAAGAAGAAGUUUAUGGCCCUCCCAAUGGUCUUGAUAGAAAAAAGAGAUCAGAAGAAGAAGAAGCUUAGAAGAAAAGAUCCGAAGAAUAUCGGAUUUAGUUUUCACGUUGGAAGAUACAUUGAUAACCAGGAUAAUAAACAGAAACCCCUUUUUGCUUUCUUUGUUUGACUGUUUUAUUAUUCGGAAAUAAAAGAAUAUAAUUCCUUGA